GCCCCGGCGCCGCCCGCCGCCCGCCGGCCUCCGCGAACGCCGCGUCCCGGCUCCGACGCGGCCUCAACAUGGCUGCGGCGCCGGGGCUGCUGCUGCCGCCGCUCCCGCCGCUGCCGCCGCUGCCGCCGCUGCCGCCGCUGCCGCCGCUGCUGCUGCUGCUGCCGCUGCUCGCGCCGCCCGCCGCGCCGCACUCGCCGGAGCCCGCGGGCCGCGGCCGCCGCUUCUCGGAGCACAAAGUCUGCGCCGACGCCGAGUGCAGCCUGUUGAUGUACCAGGGUGAAGCUCUUGAAGACUUCAAAGGCCCAGAUUGUCGUUUUGUGAAUUUCAAAAAAGGUGAUUCAGUAUUUGUCUACUAUAAACUGACUGGGAUAUUGCCUGAAGUUUGGGCCGGAAGUGUUGGGCAGGCUUUUGGAUACUUUCCAAAGGAUUUCAUCCGUGUUGCCCAUGAAUAUACUAAAGAAGAGCUUCAAGUUCCGGCAGAUGAGACGGACUUUGUCUGUUUCAAUGGGGGCAGAGACGAUUUCACUAACUACAGCGUGGAAGAGCUCCUCGCCUAUUUGGAGUUGCCCAGUCCUGCGUCGAGAGAUUCGGAGGAAGCUGUAGAAAAGACUUCUCAGCAUGUGGAGCCCCCCGCUGAAGUGUCUGGGGACCGUGGCCCUCGGUCCCCCACGGACUCCAGCUCAGAGGGCAGUGACACUGUGGCCCCAGGCAGCAGCCAGGCACUGGAGGACGGUGGGGAGGCUCCGACGGAGCAGGCCCAGGCAACAUCGCCUUCCUCCGAGCUGGAAGCCGUCGUGCGGCACGAUACACUCCAGGUGCCUGCAGGUGAAAGCAGCAGAACCAGCAACAGUUCCCAGGGCCCGGGGGAGCAGCCCGAGAAGAUAGACGCCUAUAAGCUUCUGAAACAGGAUAUGACCCUGGACUUGAAAACCAAGUUUGGCUCCACCGCAGAUGCGCUGGUGUCUGACGACGAAACGACCAGGCUGGUGACGUCGUUGGAGGAUGAUUUCGAUGAGGACCUCGAGGCUGAGUAUUACGCGGCGGGGCAGGAGGAAGAGGAGGAGGAGGAGGAUGGCGUUGAGGACCUGCCGUUGCUCACGUUUGAGGGGGCAGAAGACGGGGAUGAUGGGGACGACAGCCCUAGUCCCCGGAGGACAGGAGUGGAGGGCGGCUCAGCGGGGCGGGAGCAGAAUUCCAGCGAGGGCGCCCGGGAGCAGGCCCCCCGGGCCCUGGGCGGCACCGCCAGCGGUGGCCACAGACCAAGGGACGGGCCAGGGCAGCGGGCCGAGCACUUGAACUCAGAGGACGCUGAUGGUCUCUCAGCUGCAGGGAGCCGCGGGCUGGACCCGCCACCGUCUGUGCCGGAACUGACUGGCCCAGCAGGGGCAGCCGGUGCUCUCGGGAUCCACGGGGUCCUUCAGGCAAGUAAAGCCAGAGCCGCCAGAGUGGACGCAGACGUUCACGGCCUGGGUAAAGUGACAGCCGAGAGGGGGCCGGUUCUGGGCGAGACGGACGCAGAGAGCACGCAGCCCGCGGGCCGUGGGGCCUCCCCGCCCGGCGUUGCUCUGGGCAGCCAGUGGCACUCGGGGCCGGCUGCCGGGCAGCGGGGAGACGCUGUCCCAUCAGCCACCGCCCGCGAGGAUGGGCACCCCGGGGAAGCGGUUGUCCACGUCUCGAAGGAAGAGUCCGGGGGAGAGCCCGCCCUAGCAGGGCGCCCCGGGACCGACAGAUCCCCAAGUCUGUCCUCAGCACCUCAGCAGCAGGACAUGCCCGGAGCAGAGAAGGAUGGCGUCCCGGGCUCCCCCAGACCAAUAGACGCGCUCAUAAGGGAGCCCCCAAAGGAGGCGGCAGAGGAGCAGCGGCCUCCAGCAACGCACUCACAGCCGUCGGCCCUGAGCGAGUCCCGGCUGCCGGCAGGGCUGGAGGCAGGGGCCCCGGCUCCGGGGAGAGACGGCCCCGGGCCGCUUGAACAGGCCACUGCCGAGAAGGAGCAGCUGGGCGAGCGGGAGGGGAGCCUCCGGGAGCAGGAGGCAGAGCAGGACUUCCAGGAGGAAGAAGCAGUGCCCGGCCCCCUGGAAGCUGACCCCACAGGCCAGACUGGGGGUGCAGAGGCCCUGGAUUUGCAUCCUGGGGAAGCAGAGGCAGAGGCAGAGGCGGAAGCCGAUGAAUACACGCCUGAAGAACAACUGGAGGAUGAAAACGCGCUCAGUGCCCGGCAGGCCAGAGGCUCCAGCACGCCGAGCCCCGGGACGCAGGAUGGGCCACCAGGCACUGACCUGCAGGGCCCCAGGGGUGCUGCUCCGGGCACUCCCAGCAGUGUUCUGGAAACCGAAGGGUCCAGAGAAGAAAGUGGGAGAAAAAGCGAAAUGGGGGGGCCCGGGGGAGAUGCUGCUGGUGGGGCGCCAGGGGGCCCCGUGGCACCCGAGGGAGGCAGGGCACUUGCAGGCCCCGGAGCCCAGAGCCUGGCCCUGGGGCGGGAUGCCUCCCACACAGAGACCCCUCCACAGGCCCCAGAGGCAGCUGCCGGGGAGGGAGACCACCCAGAGGAGAUCCUUGGCGGCCCCGGAGAGCUCACGGACACGGAGGCCACGUGGACACCCGGCCCAGAGCAGGGCGGUGGCCUGGCCCCCUGGCCCCCACAGCAUCUGCCCAUCAUCGGCAGCUUCUUCAAGGACCUGCGGUCGUGGCAGCGGUUCCAGAAGUACAUGGAGGUGGCCGAGCUGGAGGCCCUGCUCCGGGACCUGUCCUCGCGGCUGGCGGCCGCCCAGCGGGAGAGCCUGCCCUACAACGCCGAGAAGGUCCUGGACAAGGUCUUCCGAGCCGCCGAGGCCCACAUCCUCAGCGCGGCCGAGCAGAUGCUCGAUGCCCGGGCAUCCAGCAGCGGGGACCCGAGUGCCAGGGACAGUGAUGUGUUCGAGGAGGCGGCCGUGCUCGACGACGUCCAAGAUCUGAUCUACUUCGUCCGGUACCAACACUCCACGGCAGAGCUGCCCGUGCCCCCGGCCACGCCGCUGCCUCCCGGGGACGCCUGGGAGGGACCCGUGGAAGAGCCACAGCCACCCACUGAAGAGGACGUUCCACAAGAGAAGAUGGAGGAGCUGCUGGCGCCCGAGCCCGAGCCGCUUCCUGGAGAGCCCAGCCCCGUGGAUCCGCCCGGGGAGAGUGCCAUGGUUGCCACCGAGGUGUCCCCAGAGCCGAGUCCUGAGGAAGACACAGAUGCAGGGAUGCUCACCCCCGAGAGCUCACCUGCUGAUGCCGAUGGGGCUGGCAAGCAGCUGGAAACAGACAUCGAGGACGCAGCGCGAACCACACCCCUGGAUGGUGCAGCCUAUCUGAUAUACUCGUGCGUGGCCUACUUACUUCGGAUGCUGAUGACCACCUUACCUGACGACGGGCAGAGUCCAGGGCUCUACGGCCUGGCCUGGCAGCCUGUGCUGGCGACUGCCUUCCUGGGCGUCGUUUCCUUCGUUCUCUUUUGGAGGAUGCUCCUGGAGGUAAAGAAUAAAAAGUAUCAAGUUACGGAACAACAAAUUUCUGAGAAGGUGGAGAAUCUCAAAAAAGAAAAUUCAGAACUUGCUCAAGAAUUGUCAAAUUAUGAACAGAAGGUUAAGGAAUCCAAGAAGCUUACUCAAGAAACCAAGAAACUGAAUGUCCUUCUUUCUGAUAAAGCUGCAAAAUAUGAGGAUAAAAUCAAGAAGCUUGAAGAAAGUAAUGAAUCUCUGAGUAACACAGCUAGAACUCUGCGAGAUAUGUUAGAAUCUGAGCGAGCUCAGAAUGCCAAGAAUAAAGACUUGAUACUGGAAAACAAAAAAUCUAUAAAGAAAUUAAAGGAUGUUAUUUCGAUGAACGCUUCUGAAUUAUCAGAGGUUCAGAUUGCUCUUAAUGAGGCUAAACUUAGUGAAGAAAAGGUGAAGUCUGAAUGUCACCGAGUUCAAGAAGAAAAUGCUAGACUGAAGAAGAAGAAGGAUCAGUUACAGCAAGAAAUCAAAGAAAUGACUAAAUCACAUUCCGAGAUGAGCGAGCAAAUCAGAUCAUUUGCACAGACUCAAAAAGACUUGGAAGUAACUCUCAACCACCAGGAUGAUGAUAUUGGUGCGUUGACCAAUUGUAUUACACAAUUGAAUCGGCUGGAUUGUGAAUCUGAACUCGAGAGUCAAAACAGAGGAGGAAAUGAGUCAGAUGAGUUAGCAAAUGGAGAAGUGGCAGGUGACCCGCCUGAGAAGCUGAAAAAUCGAAUCAAACAGAUGAUGGAUGUUUCUCGGACCCAGACUGCAGUGGCAGUGGUUGAAGAGGACCUGAAGCUUUUACAGUCUAAACUGCGAGCAUCAAUGUCCACCAAGUGUAAUCUGGAAGAUCAAAUAAAGACACUGGAAAGUGAGCGGAGCUCGCUGCUCUCGGUCAAGUCUGGCCUGGAGGAAGAAUGCAAGACUCUGAAGCAGAAAGUGGAGAUUCUGAACGAGCUCUACCAGGAGAAAGAGAUGAUGUUACAGAAAAAGCUGAGUCAAGAAGAACACGAACGGCAGGAACGAGAACAGCGACUGUCAGCAGCAGAUGAAAAGGCAGAUUUGGCUGCAGAGGAAGUAAAAACUUACAAACGGAGAAUCGAAGAAAUGGAGGAAGAAUUAACGAAGACGGAGUAUUCUUUCAAAAACCAGAUUGCUGCACACGAGAAGAAAGCACACGAAAACUGGCUCAAAGCUCGAGCUGCAGAGAGAGCCAUGGCGGAAGAGAAGAGAGAGGCUGCCAGCUUGAGACAGAAACUGUUAGAAGUUACCCAGAAGAUGGCGAUGCUGCAGGAGGAGCCGGUGAUUGUGAAGCCGCUGCCGGGGAGACCUGGCAUGCACAACCCUCCCCGCAGAGGUCCUUUAAGCCAGAACGGCUCUUUCGGCCCCUCUCCCGUGAGCGGUGGAGAAUGCUCGCCACCACCCAUGCCGCCAAUGACAGAGCCACCUGCCAGGCCCCUCUCGGCCACUGCACUCAGUCGCAGAGAGCCGCCCAGGAGUGAAUUUGAUGCUGGACCUGGAGCCGCCCCUGUGAUGAACAGCUCCAGAAGCUCUUCCCCCAGCAGGGCGCUGGAUGAGGGCAAGCCAACUGUCCCCCAAGAGUCUGGCAGUCCUUCGGGUCCCCGCAGUGCACCUUUGACUGAGCACCCAGUAGCAGUUACGAUGGCCAUGAAGGGCCCCCCACCGUUCCCAGGGAUGCCUCUCCUGGGGGGCCCCAUGGGCGGCCCUCCACCACCGCCCGUCCGGUACGGAAUGCUGCCUCAGCACGCUAGACCUUUUGGACCUCGGCCGAUCCCUCCGAACAUGCCCUCAUUCGGUCCUGGCCUGCGCCCACCACUGGGCCUGAAAGAAUAUGCUCCAGGCAUUCCGCCUGGAAAACGGGACGGGCCCUAUGACCCUCGGGAAUUCAUACCUGGACAUGCACCGUUUAGACCAUUAGGCCCUCCGGGGCCCCGAGAGUACUUUAUUCCUGGUACCCGAUUACCACCUCCACCCCACGGGCCCCAGGACUAUCCACCUCCACCUCACGGGCCCCAGGAUUAUCCGCCUCCACCUCUCGGGCCCCAGGAUUAUCCGCCUCCAUCGGCGGCUAGAAACUUAAUGCCUUCCGGCUCUCGAGAGGAGGCUCCCCCUGCGUCUCAGGGUGGCAGCCCAAGCGCCUCCCAGGCUCUGAGACAGAGCCCUUAAAACUGUGACUUCUGACAGCUGGUCCGUCCACAAGGAAGCCGACUGGGCGCUAUGUGUUUGACCGUAAAGAGUUCACUGACUGGAACAUCUAAAGGGGUGGGGCUGAAGAGAGAGCUACAGCAGGUAGGGCGUUUGCCUUAAAAGCAGCCAACUAUGUGAUUCCCCCGAGCCUGCCUGGUAAGGCCCCAACCCCCAGCCCCCCCCAACAAAUCUGCAGGGUGAUUUAAAAGUUUUUCAAAAUAAGCUGCUCUGGCAGAAUGCAUUUUUUGAGCCAAACAAUUCAAAAAUACAAUUUCUCCUCUUAAUAAAAAUUAUCUUGUAUGCUAGAGCCUCCUUACAACUCUGAAAUGUGCAAUAAAGAAUACCUGUGUUUUAGUUAAAUGUAGCAUAUGUAACUGCUAAAUGAUUUAGAGUGUCAUGAGAAAUAUGAACAUUUCCUGUGGAAAUGCUAUAAGAACAUGUAUUUCCAUUCUAUUUUUUAGUGUACACCAGCUGAAUACAGAGUAAUGGUGUUUAUAAGCUUUUUUUUUUUUUAAAAAAAAAUAAAGAAAGAAUAUUUGGUCGCAAAGACUGUUACGCUAAAAUGUUUACUAAAGACCACUAAAGGCUCUCUUCGCCUCUCGCUGAAAUCCUUUGUAGUAAUAGUUGAUAAAACUUUUGGUUAUUACUGUU